UAGAGGAGGAAUAAAGCUAAAAAUAGAAAUAUGAAAAGAUGAGCGAAAGAGAAAGGGAAAGUAGCUUGGCUAUAUGUAACUGGAAGAAAGUAUUGAUGAUACUGCUGGAGAAUUUAUAAAUAAGGAAGUAUCAGCUGGAUAAAAUAGGGUAUCAGAAGCAGAGAAGCGUUGCAGUCUAUGGAAAAAUACUGAAGGAGCAUUGAAGGAAUAGAAGAGUUAGUAGGAAAGGAAGUAUGUAUAUCAAAAUUUAUUUCUGUAUGCGACUAUGUUUAUAGGUAGUUGUUAGCCCUUUCAGAAAUUGUGUGAAAGCAGUUGACAGCACAUUGAAACAGUCUCUUGCCACAUCCACGGAGACUAGCUUUGUAUUGCAACAAUUUACGUUAAAGACGACUAACCUUCCAGCUGUCAUUCAAAUUUCCUUCAUUCGUAUUAUAGAACAAGUGAUGUAGAAAUCCUUGUUCAGUUUACUGCUAGAGCCGAAAUCACAUUUCAACGGAAGAAGCUUACCAUUGCAACACACGAUUUAUAAUUUAUGUACAUUAUGGAUCCCAAAUUGUUACUUUGACAAGCGAUUCUGAUCAUCAAACGAAUGUAAUUAUUUAAAAUUUGUUCUUAACGUUAUUAUUAUUAACAUCAUUAUUGAUAAUUUGUAGCUAUGAAAUGGCCAUAUUAAAUGCUUUAUCUAUGAAAUACUCAAUGAAAUAAUAGUUUGAAAAUCUAAUCGAGAAAUAAAAAAAGAAGUAAUCUGCUUUGCAUUUUCUAAAUGGAUUUAAGAGUGAGAAUUACAUUACAAAGAUAAAAAGAAACGACUUCAAACUAAGACUAUAACGCCUGUAAAAGCAACAGUAAUAACAGCAACAAAUUAGUUAUGGAUUAUUCAGCAGGUUCAAACCUGAAGGAAAGUCCUAUUAGAUCACCUACACUAAGUGAAAAGCAAUUUUUCCAAAACAAUGCAGGCAAUCAACAGCAACAGUACCAACAACAGCAAAAACACCAAUUUCCUGGGAUGCCAAGUAGCAAGAGAGACCUCAUUGAUAACAUGUUUACCUAUAUCAAUAGAGAUUUACUGAUUUCCAAGAUAUUCUACUUUUUCUUUUUCGCUGCAUUCGGUUCACUCUUUCCAUUGAUGGCAGUGUAUUUUAGACAACUUGGUAUGAACCCAACCCAAGGAGGCAUUCUUAUAGGAUUUCGCCCUUUCGUUGAAUUCUGUAGUGCUCCUUUAUGGGGUGUUUUUGCUGAUAAAUGGAAGAAAGGAAAGCAGCUUCUCUUAUUUUCUUUAUUUUGUUGGAUUGCUUUCACAUUAUCUUUGGCCUUUGUACGACCUCCUGCCCAUUCUUGUAUCUCAACUAACUCAACGCAUCUAUUUCUUUCUGAACCAUACGAGAGACGACGAAGGGAAGUGGCCUCUGCCGAAAACUGGAUAAAUCCAGAAAAUCUUCUGAUCGAUGACAGUGCCUUAUCUCUUACAGAAUCUCAUUCUAAUUCACUAAAAAAUUUUAUGAACGGAUUGUAUCAUCAAGAUUUGGGAACGAGUGAUUCUGGUGGUCCUUAUUAUAUAAAAAGAAACGAUGUAACCGGUCGAUAUCGAGAUCCCGCUGAUUUAUUUUCAACGAAGGAAUACCUAUCUCAUUUUAUUUCUAAACGCAAAAGACCUAAGCAUGAGGGAUACGAAAUCGACCAUUCUAAGAUUGCCAAUAAGAACAAGGAACAAGUUGCUGGUUUGGUAAGCCCGCGUUUCAGCACCAUUGUCUAUCGUGAGGACCAGGUGCAGCAGGUAUUCUUUGUCUUGCUUGUUCUAAUCGUCGUUGGGGAAUUCUUCAGUGCGCCUGCCAUAACUCUUGCAGAUUCUGUAACAUUGGCAUAUCUAGGAGAUGAUGUUGAAAACUAUGGGAGACAGCGAAUGUUUGGUUCACUCGGAUGGGGAGUUGCCAUGUUUUUGGUUGGAAUGGCGCUUGAUCAUUCAACAACAUUUCCAAACCAUCCUUGUGGUACUCAAGAACAGGGUGAGAAAAAUUACGUGGUAUGCUUUGCUGUUUUUUCUGUCCUCAUGAGUUGCGCCUUUAUUACAGCAACUCAGUUCAAUUUUGCCUUCCAGCAAGGAAUUAUGGAUAUUCCUUUAAAACAAAUUGCAUCCCAGAUUAAGGAAAAGAUUAAAGAAACAGUCACCGGACGAAGGAAGAUUGACCGAAUGCGACUCGUAGAAGAAGACGAUUUCGAUUAUUAUACUAAAGACAAAGCGCAUAUCGAACCAACUUUUCAAGAAAAACCUCCAUCCGAUAAAUUGCAUAUCUCACUCGGUGAACAAAAUGACAUGGUUAGUGACACAGUAAAGGGACAGAGUAGUGGAAGUGGAAAGACAUUCGAAGAGGAGACCUAUUUUGGAAAAUGGAUAACUGUAUUGAAGAUGUUGGCCAAUCUUCGUUAUAUGUCAGUAUUAUUUGUUGCUUGGUUUAUGGGAUUUGGAAUUGGACUUAUUUUCACUUUUCUUUUUUGGCACCUACAAGACUUGGGUGGAUCUCCUACGCUAUUUGGUGUGGCAUCCGUAUUCAAUCAUAUUUCGGAAUUAUUGGCUUAUUUCCUUAGUGUCAAAUUCAUAUCAAAGUUUGGUCACGUGAAAGUUCUUUAUGCUGGGCUACUUGGCAACAUCAUUCGGUUUCUGUAUAUUUCAUUACUCAGUAGCCCUUGGUGGGUUUUACCUUUCGAGUUUAUUCAAGGACUCACGCAUGCUGCAGUUUGGGCGGCUUGUUGUUCCUAUAUUACACAAGCAAUACCAACUAACCUACGGUCGUCAGCUCAAGGUAUACUUCAGGGACUUCAUCAUGGUCUGGGUCGAGGUUGUGGAGCUGUCUUCGGUGGAAUAUUAGUGAAUUAUAUCGGGAGUGAGGUGACUUUCCGUGCCUAUGGAAUUACUUGCAUAUUUGUACUGGUUGGGUUUUUCUUGAUUAACCGAUUUUUUGUUGGAGCAGAGAUCGUUUUACCUCAAACUACUGAGGCACACAGGAUUCUUGAGGAAGCGUCUCAUUUAGCACCACAUGGUGUCCCUGCAAAUCCUAUUGCACGAGAUCUUUCCAGUCAUAUGAUAAAAGACAUGGAUUUAGCCGAACAGAAAUCACACCAGUCUAACGGUACUACUCAGUCUGGCUUUUACGGCGCUACAGAAAAUCCUCAGUUUUUGACUCCGAGGCCUAAAUCGCCAGGAAUGUAUGAACAAGAUUCUGGCGUUUCAAGUGGCAAUCCUUUCCUUAGAGGUGGAAAUCAAAGAUAUCAGCCUGAUCCUGUCUCAAGAGAAAGCUAUGGUGGAUACCGUUCUGGAAACCCAUUUAAUGAUAGUUAUCAACAUGGUAGUAGCGGUCAAAGAUUAGUUAUGGAUGCUCCCCCACGUGCCAACACCGGAAUGUAUCAGCAACAGCCCGAUAACUGGAUGGACCAAUCCUAUGGACCUUGAGUUCAAGUCAACUAAUAUACUUCUCAAAAUAUGUGUUCACCAUUGAACAAUUGACGUCAAGUUACCAGUUACGUAGUAAAAUAAAUAUCACAAUCUGCAGCACAUUUAAAUUUAACACAAUAUAAGCGCGCGCGGGCACACACACACACACACACACACACACACACACGCAUACGCACACACACACACACACACACACACACACACGCACGCACGCACGCACGCACGCGCACAUAUAUACACAUGCAGAAAUACACACACACUUAUAAACACACUCACACGCGUGCACUUCCAUCCACAUCUACUCACAUACACAAUCAUAC